GGCGCUCCGAGGCGGUUCCUGAAGAGAAAAGGGCCGCCUGAGGGGCGGAGGCGGCCAUGGCGGAGGCGGAGAGGGCCGCUGGGAGCCCCCUCGGCUCCGUGCAGGUGUCAGUCAUCGUGCCUGUUCACAAUAGCCAGCAUUGGCUAGAUGAAUGCUUAAAAUCAGUUUGGGAGCAGGAUUUUAAACAAACCAUGGAGCUGUCAAUUUUUAAUGAUGCCAGUAAGGAUGGUUCAGCUGAAAUCAUCGCUAAAUGGAAGGUUAAGUUGGAAGAUGCUGGUAUUCCAGUAGUCGUUGGUAGUAAUGAUUCAGCUCAGCCUCGAGGAGUUGGAUUUGCUAAAAAUCAAGCAAUAAUGCAGAGCUCAGGAACCUAUCUCUGCUUUCUGGAUUCAGACGAUGUGAUGAUGCCACAGCGGGUUAGACUGCAGUAUGAAGCUGCCAUUCAACACCCAAACAGUAUUAUUGGUUGCCAAGUCAGAAGAGAGCCACCAGAGUCUACUGAACGGUACACACGUUGGAUCAAUAGUCUGACUGAAGAGCAACUUCUUACACAGGUGUUCACCUCCCAUGGGCCUACUGUCAUCAUGCCAACCUGGUUCUGUUCUCGAGAAUGGUUUUAUCACGUAGGAAAAUUUGAUGAGGGUGGAAAGGGUGUUCCAGAAGACUUGUUGUUUUUUUAUAAACAUCUCCAGAAGGGAGGUGAAGUCCUUCGAGUGAACCAUUGCCUUCUGCUGUACCGUUACCAUCCACAGGCUGCAACUCAUUCUGUCCUGGAGGAAACCAUCUGGAAUCACCGAGUCAAGUUUCUUGAGGAUAGAGUCCUGAGCUCCUGGACGUCAUUCACUAUUUGGAAUGCUGGCAAGCAAGGCAAGAAGCUCUACAGAAGUUUGUCACCAGCUAAUCGGGAAAAGGUAACUGCGUUUUGCGAUGUUGAUGAAAAGAAAAUAGCAAAAGGAUUCUACACUUAUGAAGAAUCUGAGGAGAGACCAAAACCAAAAAUUCCUAUAUGUCACUUCAGAGAAGCAACUCCACCUUUCAUUAUCUGUGUGAAGCAGGAUUUGACAGGAGGAGCAUUUGAAAUGAACUUGAACAUGCUGAACUUGAAAGAAGGGAUGGAUUAUUAUCACUUCAACUAAAGGCAAAGGUGUGUGUGUGUGCACUGUCCCUGAUUGCUGUUCUAUCUGAAGAGCGAGGAGAGUUGAAUUCACUAGAACCAUCAAAAAACAGAUGUAGUGACACCAUCAGGUUACCUGUGCAUCUGCCCUACAACCACAGUAAUGUUACUGAAGAUAAAUGUUGCAAUUAUUUUGUUUUAUGGUCCAUAAGGAAUAGUCUGAAUUCCUGCCAGUUGCUUGAAGUACUGAUUUCCCUCUGUAGUGAGGGAAAAAUGAAAAUGAAACUUCAGUUCCUAAAGCUAGUUUACUACAUUUGCUUGAAUAACACUUUGGCAUUAGCUGAAGUGAAACAUAGUUUUUUUUUGUUUGAAUAUGAUGUACGAAUGGCAUACUUGCCUGCACAUAUAAACUCUCCUAAAGAUGAAGUACCAGUAAGUAUAGCCAUUCUUACCUCCAGCAAAAAAAAUUCUUUGAUAAGAGUAAUGCAGUCAGUUUUAAUAUUUAAUGUGUAAACAGCAAGCGCAGGUUGAAUGACUCCAUUCAGAACUGGAGAAGUGUAAAUCAUUGACACAGGGGAAAAAAAAAACAACUGAAACCCAACAGGUCAGCUGUGCCAGAGCUAUGAAGCUAUGAAGACAAACUGCCAUCUUGUGGCUACAGAUAAUGAAUUAAGAAAAAGACAUCAUGAAUUGCUGCCCUCACAGGGUCGGCAUAUCUGCACGGUGCCAGAAGACAACUUCUGCCUCUUAUUUUGUUCACCAGUGUACUUUGCAGAGAUGCUGAGAAUCCAACCUGUUGAGAUGCCACAGCAGCACCUGAACCAAGAGCUUGGAUUUACGAAGCAGAAGCCAGCGCUGCAACUUCACUUUUCUGAACUCUGCAGGAGAGAAAGAGAAAAGAGGUGGAGCAGCACAUAUUGCAGUCUUACCAACUGCACAGUUGUGUAGGGAAUUAAGUAAACUAAACAGAAGAAAAUGUAGAAAUGUGAAGUUAAAAUUUUUAACUACCCACCAGUAAAUUUGAUUUGUACAGGUUUUUAAAGGAAUAAUUGUUUAUUUAUUUCA